AUGCAUUACAUAUAUGAUGAGUGGAAACUGAUUAAGAAAACACUAGCAUACAUUUUAGUGUCAUCACUACAUACUGGAGAAGUUCUAGCGUCUGUAGUGAAAUCAGUAGCUCUAGAUUGGAACAUAGAUAAUAAACUUUUUGCUGUAGUUGCUGAUAAUGCUAGCUCCAACAAUGUUAUGAUGGCAAAUCUGAAGUCAUGGCUUGAUAGCAAAGAUUGUCUAGUUCUUAAUGGGGAUUUGUUCCGAAUGAGGUGUAGCGAUCAUGUAUUGGACUUCAUUGUGUUGUGUGGAAUGAAAGUAGUUGCUCCAUUUAUAGAGGCAAUUAGAGAGUGUGUGAAAUAUGUCAAGUCAAGUCAGGCUAGAAAAGAGAGAUUUAAAUGUACUAUUGCCCAAGUUAAGCUUCCUGCUUCAAGGUGUAUUGGUUUAGAUGUGGAUACCAGGUGGAACUCCACCUUUAAGAUGCUUAAAGAUGCAAUUUUUUUGAGACAAUCUUUUGUUAGGAUAGCUCAUUUGGAUAAUGACUUCAAGAUACUACCAACUUCUCAGUAG